CUUCGAUCAGGGGGCGUGGCCUAAACUGGGCCAAAGUUCGAGGCCGCGGGUUCGAGUCCCGGCUCCGGCGGCGGCCAUGGCGCGGGCCGUGCUCUUCGACCUUGGCGGGGUUCUGCUCAAGCCGGGCCUGCAGCACUUCCUGAGCGCCUGCGAGCGCGACUGGGCCUUGCCCAGCGGGUUCCUGGAGGCCGUUCUGGAUUCCGGCGGAUCCCAGAGCCCCAGAGCCCGAGCGCUGCGGGGCCACAUCGGCCUCAGCCAGCUGCUGGAGGAGCUGGAGGACGGCUGCCGCGCCCGGUGCCGCUCGCUGGGCGUGGCCGUUCCCGAGGGAUUCUCGGUGUCCCGGCCCUUCCGGGAGCUGCGGGAGCGCGGCCGCCUGGAGCCCCGGCUGCUGCGGGCGGCCACCGAGCUCCGGGGACACGGAUUCCAGACCUGCGUCCUGACCAACACCUGGGUGGACGACACCCCCUGGAGGUCGCUGACCGCCGCGCUCCAGGAGCAGCUCCGGAGCCACUUCCGGCUGGCGCUGGAAUCCUGCCGGAUCGGCGCCGCCACGCCCGACCCCGCCGCCUUCUCCCGCGCCCUGGAGGCGCUGCGGGCGCGGCCGCAGGAGGUGAUUUUCCUGGGUGAGCUGGAGGAGAACGUGGUGCGGGCGCGGGAGCUGGGCAUGGCCACCGUCCUGGUGCGGGACGCGGAGUCCGCCCUCCGGGAUCUGCAGGAGAUCACCGGGAUCCAGCUGCAGGUCGGGGCGGAGGCGCUGCCGGAGCCGAUCGCUCCCGAGGAGGUGGCGCACGGAUACGUCAACAUCCGGCCGGGCGUGCGGCUGCACUUCGCCGAGCUGGGCCGGGGCCCCGCCCUCUGCCUGUGCCACGGAUUCCCCGAGUCCUGGCUCGCCUGGCGCUUCCAGAUGCUGGAGCUGGCCCGGGCCGGGUUCCGCGUGAUCGCCCUGGAGAUGAAGGGGUACGGGGAGAGCAGCGCCCCCAGCGAUAUCUGGGAAUAUUCCCAGGAGCAGAUCUGCAAGGAUUUCAUCACUUUCCUGGAUAAACUGGGAAUCCCUCAGGUGAUCCUGGUUGGCCACGACUGGGGCGGGGCCAUGGCCUGGAACGUGGCUCUGUUCUACCCCGAGCGGCUCCGGGGCGUGGCCGUGCUGAACACGCCCUUCCGGCCGCCCGACCCCGACUCCGACGUCCUGGAGAAGCUGGGGCGGAUCCCGGAAUUCGAGUACCAGCUCUACUUCCAGGAGCCGGGCGUGGCGGAGGCGGAGCUGGAGAAGGACAUCGGGAGGACCCUGAAGAUCCUGAUCCGAUCCUCCAGCCCGGAGGAUCGGCUCCCCUUCGACCUCAACUUCCACCGCGUCCGGGAGAGAGGGGGUCUCCUGGUGGGAUUCCCGGAGGAUCCCCCCGUCAGCCGCCUGCUGCCCCCGGCCGUGCUGCACUAUUACAUCCAGCAGUUCCAGAAAUCCGGCUUCAGGGGGCCGCUGAACUGGUACCGGAACAUGAGGGAGAACUGGAGCUGGGCCCUGAGCGCCCGGGGCAGGACGAUCCCGAUCCCGGCGCUGAUGGUGACGGCCGGGAGGGAUCCGGUGCUGAAGCCCGGCCUCAGCAAGGGCAUGGAGAGAUGGAUCCCGAGGCUGCAGCGUGGCCACAUCGAGGACUGCGGCCAUUGGACCCAGCUGGAGAGGCCGCGGGAGCUGAACGGGAUCCUGCUGCAGUGGCUGCGCCAGCUCCCCCCGCCGCCUUUUCCCGCCAACUCCAAACUUUGAGCGGGAAACUUUUCCCGCCAAAACCUUUUCCCGCCAAAACCUUUUCCCGCCAAAACCUUUUCCCGCCAAAACUUUUUCCCGCCAAUUUUCUCCCAGCCAAAUUUUUUUUUCCCCCCUGUCAUUUCCAGCCUUCGGAGACGGAAUUUUCUUCCAUGGGAAUUUUUUUUUCUGGAAUUUUCUCCCAAGAAUUCCUGGCUUGGAGAGGGAAUUUUAUUCAAAGAUUUUUUCCUGGGAAUUCCCAAGUUUUCCCGCCAAUUUUUUCCCGGAAAAUUCAAGCUUGGAGCAGGAAUUUUCCCCCGGGAAUUUGUAGGAUUUUUUUUCCCUGGGAAUUCCAAGCUUGGAGCGGGAAUUUUCCUAGGAAUUCCAAGUUUUUCCCACCAAUUUUUUCCCAGGAAUUCCAAGGUUUUCCCACCACUUUUUUCCCGGGAAAUUCAAGCUUGGAGCAGGAUUUUUUCCUGGAAUUUGUAGGAAUUUUUUCCCGGGAAUUCCAAGCUUGGAGCGGGAAUUUUUUUUCCUGGGAAUGCCAGGCUUGAAGCAGGAAUUUUCCCCGGGAAUUCCAAGUUUUUCCCACCAAUUUUUCCCAGAAAUUCCUGGCUUGGAGCGGGAAUUUUUUCCUCGGAAUUCCAAUUUUUUCCCGCCAGUUUUUUCCUGGGAAUUCCAAGCUUGGAGUGGGAACUUUUUCCUGAGAAUUCCAAUUUUUUCCCGCCAAUCUUUUCCCACCAAUUCCAGGCUUGAAGAAGGAAUCUUUCCCGGGAAUUUGUAGGAUUUUUUUUCCUGGGAAUUCCAACCUCGGAGCAGGAAAUUUUUCCAGGAAUUCCAAGUUUUUCCCGCCAAUUUUUUCCCACCUAUUCCAGGCUUGGAGCGGGAAUUUUUUCCCGGGAAUUCCAAUUUUUUCCCACCAAUUUUUCCCCAGGAAUUCCUGGAUUGGAAUGGGAAUUUUUCCCAGGAAUUCCAGGCUUGGAGCAGGAAUUUUUUCCCGGGAAUUCGAAGUUUUUCCCGCCAAUUUUUUUCCCACCAAUUCCAAGUUUGAGUAGGAAUUUUUUCCAGGAAUUCCAAGUUUUUCCCGCCAAUUUUUUCACCAGGAAUUCCAAGCUUGGAGCGGGAAUUUUUUUCCCAGGAAUUCCAAGUUUUUCUCGCCAAUUUUUUCCCGAGAAUUCCAAGUUCUUCCCGCCAAUUUUUUCACCAGGAAUUCCAAGCUUGGAGCAGGAAUUUUUUCCUGGGAAUUCCAAUUGUUUCCCACCAAUUUUUUCCCACCAAAUCCAGGCUUGAAGAAGGAAUUUUUCCUGGGAAUUUGUAGGAAUUUUUUUCCUGGGAAUUCCAAGCUCGGAGCAGGAAAUUUUUCCAGGAAUUCCAAGUUUUUCCCGCCAAUUUUUUCCCACCUAUUCCAGGCUUGGAACGGGAAUUUUUUCCCGGGAAUUCCAAUUUUUUCCCGCCAAUUUUUUCCCAGGAAUUCCUGGCUUGGAGUGGGAAUUUUUCCCAGGAAUUCCAGGCUUGGAGCAGGAAUUUUUUUCCCGGGAAUUCCAAGUUUUUCCCGCCAAUUUUUUUCCCACCAAUUCAAGGUUUGAGUAGGAAUUUUUCCCAGGAAUUCCAAGUUUUUCCCGCCAAUUUUUUCACCAGGAAUUCCAAGCUUGGAGCGGGAAUUUUUUUCCCGGGAAUUCCAAGUUUUUCCCGUCAAUUUUUUCCCGAGAAUUCCAAGUUUUUCCCGCCAAUUUUUUCACCAGGAAUUCCAAGCUUGGAGUGGGAAUUUUCCCCCGGGAAUUCCAAUUUUUUCCCACCAAUUUUUCCCCAGGAAUUCCAAGCUUGGAGCAGGAAUUUUUCCCGGGAAUUUGUAGGAUUUUUUUCCCUGGGAAUUCCAAGCUCGGAGCAGGAAAUUUUUCCAGGAAUUCCAAGUUUUUCCUGCCAAUUUUUUUCCUGGAAAUUCCAAGUUUUUCCCGCCAGUUUUUUCCCACCUAUUCCAAGCUUGGAAUGGGAAUUUUUUCCCGGGAAUUCCAAUUUUUUCCCGCCAAUUUUUUCCCAGGAAUUCCAAGCUUGGAGCAGGAAUUUUUCCCCGGGAAUUCCAAUUUUUUCCCGCGAAUUUUUUCCCAGGAAUUCCAACUUUGAGUGGGAAUUUUUUUUCCCGGGAAAAUUCCAUUUGUUUGGUUUUGUUUUGGCGGGAAUUGUUGGGGUUGUUUUGGCGGGAAUUCCUGCCCUGGACCCUGGAGAUUUUCCUGGAGAGUCCAGGAAAUUAACGAAUAAUUACUGAUAAUUAACUCAUUAGCAUAGAGCCAUUUAUUGUUUAAUAAUCACUAACUAAUCAUCCAGAGUCAUAAAUUAAUGAUCACUAAUUAAUCUUUAAUUGUUUUAAUCAGUUUUGAACAUGGAACAAUAAAAUUCCGGAUUUUGAAAGCGA